CGGUUCCUCCUGGCCCUGUUAAUGUCAGGGCCGAGCCCGGGGAGGAUGGCGCCCUAGAGCCUGGCCUUGCUGGGGUAGGGGCGGGAGGGGGCCGGGGCGGGGACCGGCCAUGUCGGAGGUGACCCGGAGUCUGCUGCAGCGCUGGGGCGCCAGUCUUAGGAGAGGCGCCGACUUCGACUCUUGGGGCCAGCUGGUGGAGGCGAUAGACGAGUAUCAGAUAUUAGCAAGACACUUACAGAAGGAGGCCCAAGCUCAACACAAUAAUUCUGAAUUCACAGAGGAACAAAAGAAAACCAUAGGCAAAAUUGCAACAUGUUUGGAAUUGCGAAGUGCAGCAUUACAGUCCACACAGUCCCAAGAAGAGUUUAAACUGGAGGACCUGAAGAAGCUAGAACCAAUCCUGAAGAAUAUUCUUACAUAUAAUAAAGAAUUCCCAUUUGAUGUUCAGCCUAUCCCAUUAAGACGGAUUUUAGCACCUGGUGAAGAAGAGAAUUUGGAAUUUGAAGACGAUGAAGAAGGUGGUGCUGGAGCAGGACCUCCUGGUUCUCCCUCUGCUAGAGUUCCUGGUACUUUAUUGCCACGGUUGCCAUCAGAACCAGGGAUGACGUUACUUACCAUCAGGAUUGAGAAAAUUGGUCUGAAAGACGCAGGCCAGUGCAUCGAUCCGUACAUCACAGUCAGCGUGAAAGAUUUGAAUGGCAUAGAUUUAACUCCAGUACAAGAUACUCCUGUGGCUUCAAGAAAAGAAGAUACUUAUGUUCAUUUUAAUGUGGACAUUGAGCUCCAGAAACAUGUUGAAAAGUUAACCAAAGGUGCAGCCAUCUUCUUUGAAUUCAAACAUUACAAGCCUAAAAAGAGGUUUACCAGCACCAAGUGCUUUGCCUUCAUGGAGAUGGAUGAAAUUAAGCCUGGGCCAAUCGUCAUAGAACUAUACAAGAAACCCACUGACUUUAAAAGAAAGAAAUUGCAGUUAUUGACCAAGAAACCACUUUAUCUUCAUCUACAUCAAAGUUUGCACAAGGAAUGAUCCUGAUACAAAUUUUACCAUCAGAAACCAUCAUAGCUCUGUGUAGCAUCAUCACCCUUCAACAGGCAGGAAAUGAGCCCAACCUGUGCCAGCUGACCAAGCAAGUCUAUUGCACAGCCAGCCGGACCCCAGAACAAAAGUGCAGCAGACACUGAACUAGCACUCCUUUGGAUACAGGUUUAUUGUAGAUUUUGAAACAUUUUUACUUUUCUAUUAAUUGUGCAAUUAAUAGUCUAUUUUCUCAUUGCCACUACUACCCUGUUUUCUGGACAGUACUGUUGUGGUAGACGUGCAGAACUUGAGAUAAUGCAGCAAUAAGAAUGUGCUAGAGUUUACAUCUCUGCUCACUUCUGCUCCAGUAUGCUCUUCGGGUUUAAAUGCCACACUGUGAGUUGAGGUGGGUAGAACUGCUGAGUGGAAUUGGACUAGUUACAUUGCCUAGCAAGGACUCCUUAGAAGAGACCUAGCCUGAUGCCUAGGUCUGCUCAUAAACAGUGUGACCUGGCCAGAUGAGAACUGAGUGAGUGUUCCCCGGAUGACCAGAUUGAUUUCCUGAAGAGAGCACAUGUAGAGUCAGGUGGAUUAUCUGUUCUUCUCUAUUGUACUGCUAAUUCUUUCUAGUAGUUCUAGGGUUAAUGUUGGAACCAUCUCAGAAUAACUAGGGAUUUUAAAAUGUGUUUACAGUAUCUUUUAAAUUGUAUCAUUUAGGAUCAGCUGAGUCAGAUGUUAAGAUGCUGCGGGAUCACUGCUGCUUUCCUGAACACCCGUUGUGAGACCUUAAGACCGCAUACCUCUUCUUAGUAUGCAAAAAUCUGGAAAGACUGUCUAUUUUUUUUUAAUAUAGGUAGAUAGGAUUGCCAUUUAUUUCCUAUUUAGAUAUACAGUCAUUCAUCCAUAUGAAAAUAUGCAGGUCGUUAGUUUAUUUUGAAUGGACUAUUUACUUUUGGUGUAACAAGGCAUAAAUAAAACUUUGAAAGCACACUAUGGAUGGUUGUUACACAGAACAUUAGGAUUCAUGAGGGGCUUUCUGUGGGUUAGACAUGCCACAUAUUUUAAUAUUCACGUGUCAGUGAACAGUGCAUGAGGGGCUGCACUGCCAAUACUGGGCAUGUUUUUAAAUAGUAUAACCUCAUCACACCAUUCAAUAUAUUUGCUUUUUCAAGUAUGUUUUAAACUUGCCCUUCUUUAAGAGAUCUGGUCUUGACUUUUAGCACUUACUAGGCCAUUGUUUACUAGAUAGAUCUUAAUAAAAACUGUAUUUCAGGUUCAACCUGAAAAAAAAAUCCACAACCAAAUUAUUCUUGAUUGGGUUAAUUCCAAAUGCUAAAAUAAUUCCAUCUAUAAUAGCUCUAGAGGAUGGAGAUGUUUGCCUUACAUUAGCUCACUGUCCAACUCAGGCUUUGAGCUGUAGAUCCCCAGACUGUAAGUUCCUCAGGGGAAGAGCCACACCUGCCAUGUAAGGUCUAAGGUAUUUGGCAGGACUCUACCUAGGGAGUGCCCAGUACAUUUUGUUUGAUGUUGCUGGCUAGACCUAAAAAAAUAAUUCCUUAAAACCUAUUAUUAUUAAAACGUAGCAAAGACUGUACAUUGUCCUUUUUCAUUUUUUACAGAUCAUAAAAGACAAGUAGCAAGGUGGUAACUUUCUGUGCUCUAGCACUGACUGUUCACACAAGCUUGGCUUCUAUGAACUACAGAUGCCUGCCGUCGGGGUUAAAGCACUUUAGUGGACCAUCAUGUGCUAUACCCAGCUUUAAUUCAGACCCGAAGCAGGCAGCACAAGAGCAUUCCCCACUUGACAAGUUUCUGUACUGAGCACUAGCCUUGUCUCUAGCAGAGGUGCUGCUCCUUCCUAGUGAGCUUAGCCAUUCAACCCAGAAACAGCCGGAGGGAACUUCUGAAACAAGAACUUUUAAAAUGGAAGAAUGAUUCAACUGAGGUAAGAUGUCCUCUGUGCCAUCUGUAGACGGACAGGCUUUUGUAACAUAGGAUGUCUGAUCAGACAGGGCUGAGGAAAGGCAGUAAUAGACAGGCAGAAAUGCUACAACUGAGGUUUCUCCACAUAUUUCUGAUGAUUUUUAUGAUGACAGGAUAACUAAAGGCCUUUAGGGGAAUAUCUUAAUUUUGAAUAUAAAAAAGGAUUAAUUUACCUUUACUAUUUGUCUUCUUAGCUUGUAUAAUUUUUAUUUUAUAUGCCCUCUAAAUUUAGGUAAUCAAGAUAGCUGAGGCAGGAGGAUAGCAAGUUUGAUCAAGCCUAGACUAUAUAGGUGAGACCCCCAUCUUUAAAAAAAAAAGGCAAAAAUUAUAAAUUAUAUUUUCACUGUUUUGUGUCCAGAUAUUUUCAAGAAAUUGUGCAAUUUUUAUAUGGUUAAAAAUGGCAUGUGUAGCUAAAGAGAUGGUUCAGGGGUUAAAAGCACUUUUUGCUCUUGUAGAGAACCAGGGUUCAGUUCCCAACACCCACAUGAUGGCUCACAACUGCCUGUAACUCCAGUUCUAGGGAUCUAGUGCCCUCUUCUGGCCCCAUGGGUACCAGACAUAACACAUGUUGCACAUACAUACAUGCAAGCAUGCAAGCAGAACACAUAUGCUUAGAAUAGAAAAUAAAGUUUUAAAUUAUA